AUGCUCAUCAAGUCUAGAGCUGCAUUGUCCAUAUCUUUCCUCUCGAACUCUACUGUUUUGGUAGGGUUUUGCAGGCCAAGACGCCGACCGAGGCGACGAAAGGGUGGCACGAUAAGGCUCGGGAAUCGUCGAAGAGGGUUCAGCAUUGCUGCCCGGCCGGUGGUGCAGUGGGGGGUGGUGGUGGUGAGGCCCCUCAGGAUGCUCAAGAGGGUCAUUGUGGAGAUGGUUUCCAGUGGAAGGUUAUUGGAGGCUUAUUGUUGGUCUCUUCCCUUUCUUCGACCCCCACUAUUCCCUAUGAUUUGAAUGAGUACAGUAAAAAUAAAUAAAAUUAUGUAUUAUCCAUCUGUCGAAACAAAUCGAUGAAAAAUUCAUAUGAUUUAGCA